AUGGCAUCAAUUGUACGAUCUCUACGGCCUGUGGCCUCACGAUUUGCGGCAAGUUCGAGUAGAACUGCACGUUCCUGGCCGAUAUCUCAAUUCCAAGCCCGAACUUUCUCGGCGUCAAGUGCUGCACAAGCCAAGAAAUACACAAAAGACCACGAAUGGAUUGAGCUUUCUGAAGACAAGAAGACUGGAUACAUUGGUAUCUCGGAAUAUGCUGCCCAUGCUCUGGGAGAUGUGGUCUAUGUCGAGCUCCCAACAAUACCGAUGGAGGUCGCAGCAGGUGAUUCGAUUGGAGCUGUGGAGUCAGUGAAGUCGGCUUCAGACAUCAACUCGCCCAUCAGCGGUACGAUUGUUGCCGUCAACGACUUACUGGAGGAGAGACCGGGAACGAUCAACAAGGGACCUGAGGAUGAGUCGUCCGCCGGAGGAUGGGUUGCGAAAGUGGAGGUUAGCGAUGCUGGAAUCAAGGACCUGGAUGGAUUGAUGGAUGCAGCAGCAUACAAAGAGUUCACCGAAGAAGAAUAA